AUGGUCAUAGCACGCCCCAAUGGUUCUGGCAAGCUACGAAGUCGAUUUGACCCAAACUGUGUCAAAGGCUUCAUCUUCCUCGGCACUCCUCAUGAGGGUUCAGAGUUGAUGGUCUUCGCAAAGGCGAUGUCGCUCUUCGGCCACUGGCAAGGCUCAAGCAGCACUCUCCUUGAAGUUCUUGAUCAUAGAUCUCAGGAGAACAGGUCUCUUCAUCACGAUUUCCUCACGGGCUAUGGCAGUACGGAGAUGGUCAACUUUUACGAGGUUAUGCCCGAAUGCAUGGGGCCAUUCCCAAUCAUGAACGCUGUAUCGAAAGACUCCGCGAGCAUUCCUGGCAAAUUUAACAUCCCCUGUCCUGGUACCCACCGGAACAUCCACAGAUUUAUGAGCGACAAGGAACUCGGGUACAUCCGUUUGCGCGAGCGCAUCACAAACCUUGUCAACGACAAUAUUCUGCUCAAGUACCAAGGUUCCAUACUGCAAGACAUGAAAACAUUCUCCGACCAUGUGGAAUCGGUAUUCCAGCAGGAAUUUAGAGUGGUCAAGAUCAACCGUGAAGCCAUAAAAUGGUUUCUUGAAAGUCCAGAAUAUUAUGGCUGGCUCUCGAGCAACGAAGCUCGGUUUCUGUGGUACUCAGGACCCCCCGGCUCCGGAAAGACUACGACAUCACUGGAAAUAGUGAACCAACUCGAAGAGAAAUAUUCAUUCCGGACACGCCUUGCAUACUUCUUCUGUUCUCAUCACUCCAAAAUCUCACUAUCUACUCCGCCGCAGCGUAUCACAUCGGUAGCAUUGGUUACCGCAAUCACCUCUCAAUUCAUAGGCAGGGAUAAUUUCCCGAACCUCCCCACAGACAUCCAAGCUCAUCUUUCAGCUGGUCACCGACCCACUGAAAAUGACCAUGAGGUCGCACUCUGGAAGGCUUUGCAAACGAUGCUGUUCAGUAUGUUGACCGAGAAUCAAGAGGUCCGGAUUGUCCUGGAUGGCAUUGAUGAGCUGCCUCGAGCCGAAAUGACUCGCUUUCUGCGAAGCCUCCGUGACAUCUGGGAUACUGUGGAAACGGCAAUUGCUGGAGGGAGCAAGAGACUUAAGAUCUUGAUUGUGAGCCGGCCCUUUAAAAUCAUACAGGACAUCAUGGCUGGCUUGCCAUCUAUCAACCCAGAAAAAGAAUCCACGGACUGCUUGAAUUCUCUAGCUGCAAGGGCAGAUAACGAACGCCGUGGACUCGUCUCACUUGGAGAAAAAGAGACAGGUGCGUGGUUAUGGGUAGAUGAUACUUACAAGGAUUGGAACGACUCAAAGGAAUCAGCCUUGCUGUGGAUACAAGGCAAGCCCGGUAGCGGGAAAUCCACGCUGUCCAAAAAGCUUCUCAGCGACAUAAUGAGUCGGCACAAGAUACCGGACCGUUAUGGAGUGUUCACGAAGAAACCGGUAUGUCCCGCAGCCGGCACUCACAUGUCACCCAACACCAGCACCGUUCUCCUUGCCAGUUUCUUCUAUAGUCUCAGGGGAGCGAAGUCCGAAAUCAGCAACACUCAGAUGCUCCAGUCUCUCUUGUAUCAACUUCUCGACCAGGAGCGAAGACUUUAUCCGAUCUUCCGAGAGACAUACCGAAAGCUGCUGGCCGGUGCCGGGGGGCGAGCCGCCAAUAUCGAUUGGAGUUUUGACAAUCUCCAUCAUGUCUUCGCGUCAUUGGCCAAAUUCGAAGACUUUCAUCUCGAGGUCUAUCUGGUCAUCGACGGAAUGGACGAGGCAGAAAAGUCAGAAAGAGACCGAAUUCUGUCUCUGCUAGAACACUUCGGCGACACAGGUAGCAAAGGUAGGGCAUGCAUUAUCAAAUAUGUGCUUGCCAGUCGACCGCAGGAUGACAUUAAAGACAGUCUUCUGGACAGGGAGAGCCGUAAAGGCUUCUUUCACCUGAUUCUAGAGCAGAAGAACGAAGAGGACAUCAAAAGCUUCAUACGAGUGAAGAUGGUUCGAUUACAGAAAGCCUAUCGAUCGAAGCACUCCAGUUCUCGAAACAACUCGACAAGCAUGGCCUCAUUCGAGGACGUGCUCCGAGACGCGGCUGAUUACCUCGCAGAAAAGGCCCGAGGUGUGUUCUUGUGGGUGGAGAUUGUUACAAAUGAGCUGAAGAGGUGUGUCGACACUGGCUAUAUCCCAAUAGCUAUCAAGAAGACACUGCACGAGCUCCCCGAGGAGUUGGAGGAAUUCUACGAGCGCAUCAUCAACGACUUGCUCGCUCGAUUCGAGGAGAAAGGAAAGAGAAAGAUCGACGACUUAGUCCGAGAGGCGCGACAAAUGCUAACAUGGGCGACAUUCGCCGAGCGGCCGCUGACGGUUGAAGAAUUUCGCCACGCAAUCGCUAUACCAGCCACAGUAGAAGAGAACUCAGGUAUCGACCUAUCCGCUCAUCUGCUCCCAGACCACUCCAACGUCAAGCUUAGAAUUGCCCACGUCUGCGGCGACCUCCUGGAGAUUAUACCAAUGUCGAAUUCUAGCGGCCGCCUCAAGACUCGAGACCACGAAGACAUCAUCCAGCUUCUGCACCGGACUGUCCGGGAUUUUCUGACCAGAGAUUCCAGGGCGGGACAAUUCUCUAUGAAGCGCCCUCAAGGAGAAUACGAAAUCUUCGUCAACUGUAUUUCUUACCUUCGACUAUUCACAGAACGCUGCCCGCAAAUAUGUCUAGAUGACUCUGACGACACUGACGAUGCUCCCACUGCUGUUGCUGUUAUCAGGUAUCUCAGAGAUUGGCCGCUGCUUUUUUACAUCUUCCGUUUUCUGCCCCGGCAUCUGCAAAAUUCGGGCGACAAGGUCGACCAAGCACGAAAUAUCGGUGCUGAGUUUGCCGAAUCCGUUAUGCGUCAGGAGGGAACCCCGGCGUCCUGGCUACUGGCAUCCUGGUUCGAGAGAACCGGACUAUUAAGGGACGAUAGCCUUGAGGGCCUUGGAGAAGCGGAUGACUUCCGGCUCCUCUGUAACCAGGAAGCAUCAUUUAAAGAUGAUACGGUGGAUGUUGCGGCCACGCUGCUUGAGCUAGAAGCAGUAUCCACAGCCGCCACCAGCAUGGAGGACGACAACGACCUGUUCUGGUACGUGCUCUAUUGGGGUUGGGAGUCUCCCCGGGCAGCACUGGAGAGCACGGUGAAACUGCUCUACAAGUGGCUUCGGCAGCUGGCUACACAAGAAUUGUCCGCACCCUUCUUAGAAAGGGAGCGGAUCCUAAUAUACAGACACAAGACGGUACAACUGCUCUACAAGUGGCUUCGGCAGCUGGUCACUUAG